AUGUCACUGGCCAAGAGAAACAACGGCUGUCUCGAGUGCCGCACGCGCCGAGUGCGAUGCGACAAGACAGAGCCGGAGUGCUUCAAGUGCUGCAAAAAGGGCAUCAAGUGCUCCGGCCAAGGCAUUGAGUGUCGCUUCAGCUCGCAUAUGAAGAAUGGCCUCCCUGUCGCCAAAGCUGGUCAGCGAGCACCAAACCGCUACCGAUGGGUCACCGUGACCAGCAAGCAAUCGGGGUCCUCGCCCGAGGCAACGAAGGUGUCUACUUCUCGCGCGAGUCCCGCCAGUCCUCCAAAGGCGUCGCCUGACCAGCCUGGCAUUGGGCCUGCUCGCCCAGACAUCCCGGCAACUGAAACAGAGUCGUCAUCAGAGAGGGGAGAAAACGAUGUGGAGUUUGUACCAAGAGAGACUCAAGUUGAUCACCCGCAACGCGCCAUUCAGGCUGUGUCUCCCCAAGCCAGGCUCUUCUUCAACCACUUUUCGGAAUUCAUCGCCCCGAAAAUGGUGGUCUUUGACUUCCAUGGAAAUGGCUAUCGCGACAUACUGCUUCCUCUCGCAUGUGAAGACGAGCUAGUGGGACAGGCCAUCUCCGUUAUCGCAGCCUUCCAUCUCUCUCAAAGGGCACCGCAGAUGCGAAUGGCCGCAGAAGUAGGCCAGCACGCCAUCUUAUCGAAGCUGUUCCGCGAUUCACUCCAGCUCGAGCCCAGGAGACUUUUCAGUCUAUCAACAUGGGCAACAAUUCUCGUGUUACUAGUGGGAGAGACGAUUACGGGCGCCAAUAAUUACGUGCACCUGCUGGAAAUUUUGUCGAAUCUAGCGCAGUCAUCUGACUCUGUGCACUCUUUAUCAUCGACCACAAGAGGAUUUAUCAGAGAACAAACGCGAAUGUUUGAACUUUUUGGGUUCCCGCUCUCCAGUGAAACCAAAGGCAUACAGACUCUGUCGAAACAACCCGACUACUAUCUGGACUUUAUGUCUUCGUAUCCAUCCCUCAGCCAAGACCCCCAGCAAUACGCCAACGUCGCCGUGAUGAAGGAAGCCAUCAAACAGGCCUGCGACUUAUACCGUAACCGCGCCAUGCACCUGAUCUCCCGAGAAGAGUCUAUCCAAUCGGUGGAACGCCUUAAAGAGACGGUCAUCGAUCUGGAUCCAAGCGUUGACGGCUGUCACGCUCUCGUCUGGACGUACUUCGUAGCGGCUGCCGAAAGCAUCUUGCCAGAGCACCGAGCUUUCUUCUCCACUCGAUUGCAGAGCCUCUACAGCUGCACGGAGUUUGGCACUAUUCCUAUCGCUGUCCAGAGUCUCCAACAUAUUUGGGCAAACCAGGACUCUCAAAGAUGGACCGAAGUGGUCACUCGGCAACGGCCAAUCCUCAUUAUGUGA